AUGAAUCCUAGAGCCAACCAGAGCUACCACGCCGUUGUGUUGACAUUGGUUGCACUACUGGUGUGUGUCAGUGCCGGAUCCAUUCCCUCCGAGUUGAACAGUAUGAAAAUAUCUGCCAACAGCUUCGACACCCGUGUCAGACGGUAUUUGAGAGCACCAGACCUCACCACCGAAGAUCGCGCAUUCGAUGCUCUAGGUCUCACGAAGCUUAAAGAUGUAGCUACAACUGGAACUCAGAAGCUGCAAAAGCUGGCGAGCAACGCAAAUACCAAGAUGACUUCGAACAACCAGCAGGCCACGGACAAGCUGUUUAAGAAAUUAAAGGUCGGCAAAGUAGAGCAGAACAUCUUUGAGAGCUCGCAGUUCAAACAAUGGGCCGCGUCUGUGGCUAAGUCGUAUAAGAAAAACGCCGAGGCUGGAGACUUUGCCAUGGUCUCGACUCUUUCGUCUCGCUACGGUGAUGAUGUUCUCGCGAGCAUGGUGAUUACUGCAAAGAGCUCCCAGACGAUUGAUCCUAGCUUGGAGAAUAAACUUAUGUCCUCAUUGCUGACUAAAUGGCAGACUGAAGCACGGACUACAGACGACGUGUUCAAGCUUCUGAAACUAGAUAUUGACGAGGUGAAUCUACUGAAGAGCCCCGUGCUGAGCACUUGGAUUUCUUACGGCCACAGGGUCGGAGGUAAAUCUCCCAGUGGGAAAACCGCCACGGACGCUUCGAAUAUUCUCAAGUUAAAGGAGGAAGGAGCUUCUCUUCUGAAGAAUCCAACGCUCCCGAUUUGGAUCUCCUACGUCUACUCGCUCAAGCAGAAUCCUUAUGAGCUGCUACUACUGAAGUUUAAGGCACACCACACUGACGCUUCCGUGGCAAGGGUGAUUGCUUCUGCGAAGUCGGAUCAAAACUCGAUAAUCAUUGUCCAGAACAUGCAGAGAACACAGAUCGAGAGUUGGCUCAAGGCCGGAAAAAGUGACGAAGAGCUGUUCAAGCUCCUGGAGCUUAACAAGGCAGGAGACCAAGUGCUUGAAGAUCCGCUGUGGAGAACUUGGGUCGCAUAUCUGAAAAACUUGAAAGGGGACGCUGACAAUAGAAUGUAUUCGGUACUAAAGACACAACUUGGUGAGGAGCAAUUGACGAAGAUUAUUACCAGAGCCAAGACGGUCGGUAGAACCAAGGCAACCGCAACGAAAUUGGAGCUGCAGGUUUGGGGAGCCAGCGGUCGAAGCGCAGACGAUGUUUUUGAUCUCUUGAAACUGGACGUUAAGAAAAGCGACGUAGUUGAAAGCGUCGCUUUCAAAACGUGGUACACCUACAUGAAGACGAUGAAACAAUACAAUGAAAAAGCAGUCAUCACAAAGAUGGAGAAACAUUUCGGCGAACGGAGCCAAUUCUCUAAGUGGGAGGGUGAAAAAAAGAACCCCAAAACCUUUAGCAGCAUGCUAAGUCCAAGUGAUCGCAACUCUGAAAGCGACAGAGUUAUGAGCGAUUUCAAUACUUUUUUCGGUGAAGGGAUAUUCGACAUUCUGCGCAUGGGUCGACAGUAG